AUGUUUUUGAAUCAGCUUGUAACAAUAGAUGGUAAGCAUUUAUUGAGAUGGGACCACUGGCUGGCCAGAAAUAAAACUCAAUCAACUAGGAAAAAACCAAGUUGGUAUGGGAAAAUUGAACAAGUAGUAAUGGAGAAUCCAAUCACUAGAGUCUUACAUGAGAGAUACAUAAUUAAUGAUCCAAAUCUUACGUACCAAAGCAACAGCAAUAAUAAAAAUUCCUUAAUAAUUGCAAAACAUAAAGACAUUAUAACAUAUGGUAAAUAUCACAGUAACAGUAAUAACAGUAACAAAAACCAAAUAAACAAUGGGGAAAUUAAUUUAAUACAUUACCAAACAUCCUGCCAAAUAUCACCCACCACAUCUCCAACAAUGGCAGACUGGGAAUCACCUCACAUGCUUAAAUGCACAGGAUGCAAAGGCAAUAGUAACAAUAAUCAAGAAUGCAUAAUUAGGAUUAAAAGCAAGGAAUCAAUAAAAAUUCCUUACAGCAAGGGCAGGGAUGGGGAUUUAAAGCUCAGAAUCACUACAGGAGAACUGGGAAAAAUAAACCCUAUCAGUAAUAACUCACAAACAUAUGACAACAAUAAUAACACAAUAAAUGGUAGUGAAGAAUAUGGAUCAGUCAAAAAAAUAGGCCACUCAGAAUGCAAAAUGGGAAUUGGGUGGAUAGUUACAUCUGGUCCAGCUAAAGGCAGUACCUUUAAAGCUAACAUAAAUAAAUGGCCAGCACAAUUUAAGGCAGAAUUAUUAGCCAUAUUCACAGCUGCUCUCACUGUACCAAAAGAGAAAAUAAUAACAAUAUAUACAGACAAUCAAAGUUUAGAAAUUAAUUUCAAUAAAGUCAAAGCUCACACAGGAAUUAAACAUAAUGAAGUAGCUGAUCAAUUAGCAAGCGAAGGUUCAAACAUCAUUAAGACCAUUCAUCAGAAAGUUAGUAGAAACCAAAAACACAAUAAAAUGGUUCAACCAAACAAGAUUCAAUAG